UGACCAAUCUGCGACCACUAUUCCUAACACGUAACCAAUCACAGCAGGCUUUACAUGAACCUAACCAGUGGCUUUAUAUUCACGGGGCUGCCUGGAGAAUGUAAACUAUUUAACAUGGAGAUAGCAGUUGAUAAACUGGAGGCGAUGUUCCAGAAGGCAGAGGCUGACAUGGAGUACAUGGAGAAACGGCUGAGGCUGGAAUUCCUGACAAAUGCUCCAGAGAACGGUGCAACAGAGGAAAACCCUGUGAAGCUGCUGGAGAACCUGUCUGCCAUCAAGGUGAGGCAUGCGGCCUUGUGUACACAAGUGCAGGAGAUUGCAGCCGAGCAGAAGCAGUCAAUGGACUCCAUUCGAGCACACCUCGACACCACUGUGCAGCUGGUGCAACAGUUACAGCAGACUGCUGAAGUUGAGUUACUGAUGUCUAUGGAGCCUUCAGCCCAAGAGCAGCCUCAGUGUGGAUUCCAAUCAAGUUGUAGAAACAUCAAGGAUGAUCAAUGGAAACAGGAUUCACCUGAGCGCAACUUCGAGGCAACUCUUCCUCAUCUGACACAAGUUCAUCUUCUGCAGAGACAGGUUUAUAACUGAACAGUCUACCACCAAACAUGCAUAAUACACUGGUCUGGGGUUGACAUACUGAUCUAAUAGUAAUAUCUUGUCAGUUAGUUGAAAUGCAGUUACUGACAAUAACAUUCAACUGAUCAGUAACACCUUGCUUAAUUGAAUCAGGCGAGUUGCCACUGGGCGCAGACGUCAGUUCUGAUUUACAUUUGGUUGAGUUGUCAACUAACGGGAAUUAAAACGUGAAAUCAAAAAAUAUCAUGACAGUUUCCCACAUUGAUUUAAUGUCAUCACAAAUUUUGGGGGGGUUGGAUUAACAUGGAUAGAGCUUCUAUAAAAGCCUGCACCCGCUCCUCCAGAACUAUGUUUGGAGACAACACCUCACCCUCUAAAACAGAGGAGCUAGCAUCCAGAGGAUCUUCAUCCAUCAGGUCGACAUCCACACCAGCACAGCUACCCUGAUCGGACCCUUCCAGCUCUUCUUUCCUGUCAGCAGCCAGCGACAUCCCUCUCUCCCCUUCGAGAUACUCCAUGUUCUUCUCCUCUAAACUCUCUCUCUCCUCCAACCUUUCUUGGCUGGUGGUGGGUACGGUGUAGGUAGGGCCCACCCCCUCCUGGCUGGUCCCUGUGGUCUGUCUAUCUCCGGAGCUGGCUGUGGUGAACUCUGACACGCCCACGGGCGUCCCAGUCUCAUCGAGGGAGGAGUCUCUCAUCAGGGGUGAGGUCUGUCUGGAGAGGUCUGUCUGCAGAUAGAGCAGCCAAAAUACAUCAACAUUUCAGUUACGUUGAUAUAAGGUAAAUAACUAAAUGGGUAAAACUGCACAUCUCCAGGACAAGGGUCGGUGGCCACCGGCGUACUAUAUAUUUCGACAGGUCUGAAUAAAUAAUUGAAACAUUGUUCUGACUGGGAGAGUGCUGACUAUUCUGACCAUGCUGGCUCCCAGGCUGGCAGUGGCGAAGCUCUCGGUGUGGGGGGGCAGGGAGCGGGUGCUGCCCCAGGUGGAGGUGUCCAGCAGGCUGGGCAGAGCGGGGAUGGGCUCCCCAGUGACCCCCAUGGCUCUGUAGUUGGGCGCAGUCGCUGCACCACACCAAAACAAGUAUACCAGUGACAUCUUGCUGCAAUUCAACUUGUAAAAGUAGUGCUCCUGGUGUUAAACAUGCACACUCAAGGAACCAAUGCAACGUGUGUGAUAAGGGAAUUAUAUGCUUAAUGGUAAUGACUAAAAAUAUUCCACUCUGAAACCAUAUAAUUGUAUGAAAUUUAUUAGAAUCAUAAAACUAUAAUCUGAUGUAUGUAGUUUUAGUCAGAAUUAGGACUUUUUGUUCCUUUUUAGUAUGUAAGUAGGGUGCAAGUGUGAAACAAAUGAUAAGAGGAGCUAUCGACAGACAAGCUGUACUACUGUGUUCCUUACAGGACAUUGUCUCCACCCGUGGAGGGGAGAAACUGUUAGGCUUGCAGAAAAUUAUGAAACAUGUUGCAGAUUAAAGAAACAAUGUAUCUGUGUAGUGGAAAAACACCGACUGCCUGAGCAAGGCGUAGUUUAAAAUUUGAACUUGUUUGAGUGUGUUAUAAAGGCUGUUUGCAUUCUUGACUUUAGAACGUUCUCUGAAUAAACUGUACUAACCUUUUGCAUAAAGCCGAGUCUUUCCCUAAUUAGUAUACCCAUGGUCUUACAAACCUCAGGGAUUGGUCAAAGCUAUUGAUUGAUAGUUAUUAUCAUUGGGAUUGAAAAUUCUCAUGACAGUGUGUGAACUGACUGGUAAUGUAUGUUUGAAAUAAAGUUGAUUUUGGUUGCA